UUAUAAGGCGGGGGCCGGGCCGCGCCGGGGGAGGGGCUGCGGCCGCCGGGCCUCCUCCCCCCGCUGUCCAGCUGCGCGGGGCCGGCUAGAGAGCGCAGCACAGCGCGGCGGCGGCGGUAGCCGGGGAGCGCGCCGAGCGGGCCAUGGGCAAGUCAGCUUCCAAGCAGUUUAAUAACGAGGUCCUGAAGGCCCACAACGAGUACCGGCAGCAGCACGGCGUUCCCCCGCUGAAGCUCUGCAAGAAGCUCAACCGGGAGGCCCAGCAGUACUCAGAGGCCCUGGCCAGCACACGGAUCCUCAAGCACAGCCCGGAGUCCAGUCGUGGCCAGUGCGGAGAGAACCUGGCAUGGGCCUCCUACGAUCAGACAGGACAGGAGGUGGCUGAUCGAUGGUACAGUGAAAUCAAGAACUACAACUUCCAGCAGCCCGGCUUCACCUCCGGGACCGGACACUUCACAGCCAUGGUAUGGAAGAACACGAAGAAGAUGGGAGUGGGGAAGGCAUCUGCAAGUGACGGGUCUUCCUUCGUGGUGGCGCGAUACUUCCCAGCAGGGAAUGUCGUCAACCAGGGCUUCUUUGAAGAAAAUGUCCUGCCUCCAAAGAAGUAAUUCAUUCAAUGUAGUGGGAACGUGGCAGACUUAACAUGGAUACCAAGUGCCUAGAACAACAAAAACUCAGCUGUGUGUGUGUCCCUGUGGGUGUAUGUGCUUGUGUGUGUGGUGCAUGUGAGUGUCUCUUGCACACACACUUGGAUAUACAGUUCUAUACGAACUUAUUCUUACCAAAAGGAAUGAGCCUAUGAAGCCUUUACCCUGGUGGUUACCUAGACCACAAUUAUUUGGACUUGGGGGAGGGGGGAUCAAUUUUAAAACAUUUUUUUUAAGCAGACUUCUUUUGUACAUUUCUUAUACUGUCCCUCCCUGGUCUUUUUCUAUUCCAAAUGUUCGUGAUGCUUCGAGGUGAAGUUCAUUUUAUGUGAUCUUCAUGCAUUGUCAUCUACUUUUAAUAGAUAUUUAAGACUAUUAAACUCUCAUCUACAUGUAACAUAAAAACAGCUUUAAACACGUAAAUAUAAAGCAGCUUCCGUUGCAAACAUGAGACAGGCAGGAAUUGCAUUUCACAGAGUGAUUGAGAUUUCUCAGUUGUAAGACAUGAUGUCAUCUGCUUGCCUCCUGGAAUUCUCUGAUGGGAAUGCCAAAGAACAAAUGGAGAGAAAAGUUUCACUUCCUUGCAUGUUCCACCUUUAAAUAGCAAAGUACCACUACUACCACCGCCCUCGCUCCCCUCCCACCUUUUUUCCUAAAAUCCUCUGGCAUCUCAGAGCUCAAUAUGUGCCUCCUGGUUUCUGGGGCCUCGAGUCAGGCCUGAAAGUCACCCCCCGCCCCCCGGCCCCGACCUCCACUAGGUGGCCCAGGGCCUGUUCUGGGAGAAAGCCCCUCACACUGCCUGGGCCCUCAGCCAAGCGUCCAACAGAUGAAGUCAGUGAGCGUGGGGGUGAGUGUGAGCUCACCAGGGCCCCCAGAGGAAGCCCUCCAGCCUCUGCCCUCCCCUUGCACGCAGGGCUGCAGGGCGGGGCCCAGGCCUGUUCCUGGCAGCUGCGGUUGCAGCUGUGCUGCUGCUCCCUCCAGGAAUGUGUGACAGCCCCGAAUGUUCCAGGGACAUCUCCCAUGUGGGGGCUGAGAGUCACCAGUUUGGUUCUGUGUUUUGCCUCAAACUAUACAAAGUUCCCCUGAAUAACGAUUUCGCGCGGUCCCUGUGGGCGGAACCGACCCAGAUGCCGAGCUGGUGUCCUGAAAGCGCGGCCUCUCCAAGUGCUCAGACAGCAGGGGUGGGAAUGAGGAGUCCGAUUGGGCCAGUCAGGAAACAUGCCUCCCGAAGGUCUGCACUGCACUGUGAACACAGCCUCACGCUGUGCCCUUCAUUUCACCGGGGAUAUUGACUAAGACGACAAUAAAGUCUUUUUCUUUUGUGUAA